AUGAGUAGUGCGGAACGAGAACUAGAUGGUUCAAACCAGCAAUACGACCACGGCGAAGAGGACAUCCCAUCAACAAAGCAAACAUCGGAUGAAAGCCAGAUUCGAGAUGAUUCUUCAGCACCGAAACGCCGCAAAGUUGUCGGUGGCCUGAGAUUAGCCCGGUCUGCGCCUUGUACUCGAGAUGCCUCACCACAAAGAGGUACAUCACGACGUUUGACGAGCAACAUUCGCCAGUUUCCUCAACGAAACGCUCAAAGUAGAAGCACUCGCAAGCCGGAAUUCUCUCCUUUUCAGCGUCUCAUCAUCGGUAUCUGGGAGCAGAUUCAUGGCACCCUUGAAUUGCACCCUUCCGAUUUGGCCGAUCAAUGGCGUCAAAUACAACAAUCAAGACCCACUACAUCUCCUCUGAGUAGUGCACACAGUCACGGGCGUACCCUCUCAUCCACCGUUUCUGGAGGUGAUAUUUUUCGGAAGAUGAAUCUCUGCUGUCGACAGGUCACCCAAGCAAGCCGCUGCUACAGAUCACUCGAAGUUAUUGUUCAAACUCGAUGGGUACAAUGCUAUGAUGACCGUGUUAAAAAGAUCGUGGCAGAAGAGCCAGACCUGUCACCUAGUAAGUGUCGCAUGAUCGCACUUGCGGAGGCAUGCAAAGAUUUUGGAUGGUCUUCAAAGGAGCUUCGGAAUAAAAUGGCGAUCUGGCGCGGCUACGACUCGGUUCGGGAAGCUGGAGGCUGGGUGUCGCUGAUCUUCGCAGGCAUGGGCCUUUAUCGCUUCUGCAAAUACCGACUAGGAUUCUCCCCGCAAAACAUGACAGCACUAAAGAGGCUUCGUUUACGAUUCGAGGUCGCCGCCGACACCAUCCAUCCAGAGUGGCGUCAGCUUCUCUCCAUAAUCGGGGAGCAGACACAGCACGUAUAUUCCGGACAUCCAUGUGAUUGGGUCGUCAGCAGAAAUGACCCGCCCAUUCCCUUGGCCGACACCUAUUCUCAAUGGACGUCAGAUUUUCAGUUCGAGCAUUUAGAGGUGAGCAUCAUAGAUGAGCAGGUGUGGGACUCAAUAGAUCCUCGAGCAGAAGUCAGCAACGAUCAAGAUAUGCUACCGCGACAUUUCUCAUGCGAAAAGUGCGGAUCACUGCAGUCGAACGAUCUCGGCGUCAAUGAAUGUCGUUGUUUUCCGGCUUUAUUUGGAAGUGGUCCACGCAAACCCUUUCCGGUGCAAGUUUUUCGAACAGAGAACGGAAAGAACAAUGGUCUACUUGCUUGUUGUCCAUUCGAGCGCGGCGCAGCCAUCGGCGAAUUCGUCGGCGUCAUCACCAACGGUAUUCGGGAUUUGGAUGUUAUGCAAUGCUCCGGGCCAGCUGGUAUAUACCAGAUCUGGCAGGGCCGUCAGGGUAACUAUACGCGCUUCAUCAACCACUCUUGCCAGCCGAACUCACAGUACGAGCGCUUUCUGUGGCUCGGCGUUCAGCGAAUCGUGCUCGUGUCUAGAGGAAUCCCCGCGGGCGAGGAAAUUACGGUCGAUUAUUCUAAUGAAUAUUGGAAUCAUUUGGACAAGGAGUGUUUGUGUGGUGAAAGCUGCUGCCGGUUUAAGCAGAGGAAAGACAGGGAUUAA